AUGACAAAUGGAAUUGAAUUAUUACCUUCAUAUCUCACUAUCGAUUCAGAUCAGCUACAUGAUAAUUUUGAUCUUCUAAAUGAAAUAGAAGCUAAAAAUAUUAAAGAAGGUAUAACUGAUAGUAAAUCGAAAUGGUCUGUAAGUGAUGGUAGAAUUAAAGCACCAAGACGUCGAAAUCGUUAUUCAAAUAUUUUCCCAUUCAAUUAUAAUCGUGUAAGAUUACCAUGUAAAUCUAAAAGUGAUUAUAUUAAUGCUUCAAGAGUUCAAAUAGAUGAUGAAAAUAAGUAUAUAGUAACUCAAGGUCCAACUGAAUCAACCAUACAUCAUUUUUGGAGUAUGUGUUUUAAUGAAAGUGAAGCUAAUAAUCAAGAUACUAUUGUCAUAGUUAUGUUAACAUCUCUCGUUGAAGAUGGCGUAUUUAAAUGUAUUCAAUAUUGGCCUAAUGAUCUUGAUGAAAGUACUCAAGAAAUGAAAUUUUAUUCUCAAUUAAAGGAAGAUCUGAUUGAUAUUAAUAAUUUGAAAGUUCGAUUUGUUAAUAAGAUUUAUAAUGAAGAUGGAGAUUAUUUAUUAACUGAGUUAGAAUUGAAAACCACUACUAAAACAAAAAAAGUAUAUCAUUACUAUUAUUAUAAAUGGGCUGAUGCAAGAGUUCCACCAUCAGCUAAAUCCUUACAUAACUUAUCUGAAGAUAUUCAUAAAUAUGAUUUGGAAACUAAUAAACCAAUAAUUCCAAUAAUUCAUUGUUCGGCAGGGGUAGGUAGAUCAGGAACUUUUAUUGUAUUAGAUUAUAUAUUCAGAAAUCCAGAUGUAUUCUUUUCUGAAACCAAUUUGACUCUGCAUUAUGAUCCUAAAAGGGAUCCUAUAUACCAAACAGUUUUUACUUUACGAACUUACAGAAUGAUGAUGGUUCAAACUUUCCAUCAAUAUCGAUUUCUUUAUAAUACUGCCAUAGGUAUGUUUCGUCAGAUCCAGGAUUCUUGA